AUGGCGGCGGCCGUGGCAGUCCGGAGAAUCUGUAGUUCUGGAGUCUUCGGGGCGGCAUGGAGAGGCUAUACCUUGGUUCCAGGGCCCGGAAUUCAUGGCCAGUAUUCUACAUUGGCGUAUGCUUUGCAGACACAUUGCUAUAUUUCUGGCCCUCAUGAUGUGAGAGUGGAACAGCGCCGGCAGGGCAGUUUUUUCAACAAGUUGACAGCCGAUGAACUCUGGAAAGGAGUUUUGGCAGAGACUGGUGCGAGUGGAAGGAAAGGAAGAGGGAAGAGGACCAAGAAGAAGCUGAAAAAGGAUCUUAACAGAGGCCAGAUAAUUGGUGAAGGACGUUACGGUUUCCUUUGGCCGGGCCUCAAUGCUCCUGUGCUAAAAAAUGGAGCGGUCCAGACAAUUGGACAGCGAGAUAAAGAAGAGUGGGAGAAGAUGCAGUCGGAAAUAAUCCGUCGGCGGGAUGAGUGGGAUAAGAAGAGAAAAACGAAGGUGAAGAGGGAGAGGGGAUGGACUGGACGUUCCUGGGGAGGUGUCAGCCUAGGGCCUCCUGACCCAGGUCCUAAUGGAGAAACAUAUGAAGACUUCGACUCGAGAGUGAUUGAGAUGAAGAAUGUAUUUAAUAUGACAGCAAAAGAAGGAAGAAAAAAAUCUGUUAGUGCCCUGGUGGCCGUGGGGAAUGGAAAAGGAGCUGCUGGUUUCGCAGUGGGAAAAGCAACCGACAGGAUGGUGGCGUUAAGAAAAGCAAAGAACAGAGCGAUUCACUAUUUACACUAUAUUGAAAGAUAUGAAGAGCACACAAUUUAUCAUGAUAUUGCAGUUUCAUUUAAAAAAACAACCAUCCGGAUGAAAAAGAAAAACAGGGGAUAUGGACUUCACUGUCACAGAGCUAUCAUUACAAUGUGCAAACUGAUUGGGAUUAAAGACAUGUAUGCCAAACUUUAUGGAUCCAGAAAUCUAUUGAACCUCACCAGAGCUCUCUUCAAGGGAUUGUCGAGACAGGAAACUCACCAAGCCCUGGCCAAUAAAAAAAGCCUCUACGUAGUAGAAUUUCGUGACGAAUGUGGCCCCCUGCCCAUCAUGGUUGCUGCUCCCCAAGGGGUCCUCAGGGAAGACCCUGAGCCUGAGGAUGAAGUUCCUGAUAUCAAACUGGAGUGGGACGACGUGAAGGCAGCCCAAGGCAUGAAGAAGACUCCCUGGGCAAAUGUCAGAAGAACAGUGUGGUAG